CCCUUGCCUCUUCCCGUCGUCUACGACGCCAGGCAGUUGAUAUAUCUAAGCUUCACGCUCACAUCUCAUCAACUGCCUUUGCAACAUGGAAGCCGAGGGGAAACUUUCACUUGUACCCAGCGAGAAAGAGUGGCAGGCACUUUAUCAUUUUCUGGGGCGUCGGGGAUACACCCUGCGCUCUCGCUUCGACCCUGAUCAUGUCCCUCUUCGCUCCUUGGGACACGACAAGAAAUGGUAUCAGACACGGAACUUUGAGGACGAAAUUUGGAAUAAGUGGCCCACCGUUGUCGACGCGGUUAGGUCGGAUGGCACCAGAUGUGUUAUACGUCGCACCUGGACCUACUCCGACGAGAUUCCCGUGCUUCAACAGAUUGGAGGCUAUGGUUUCGACAAACGCAACCAUGUCGUCCCCGUCCUCGAUAUCUUGCUCCUGCCCACGACCGACGACCAGGCCCUCGUUGUAAUGCCUUUGUUACGCCUUUUUAAUAAUCCGCCUUACUCGCGGGUGUCAGAGGUGGUGGAAACCGUGAGCCAAUUCUUAGAGUGCAUGCAAUUCCUGCACGAGCAUUUGAUUGCACAUAGGGAUUUCUGUGCGUUCAAUCUCAUGAUGGAUACGACGCGCCUCAUUCCAGGUGGCUUCCAUUUCGCCUCAACGAGCCGCCCGCCCGAUGGCUCCAUGGCUGGUCUACGGUAUUUCGACCGGUCGCAAGUCGCACCAAUGAAGUACUUUCUCAUUGACUUCGGGCUUUGCUCACAACUCCCGAGCAAAGACUCCCUUGUGACGGGCGUGUACGGUCAGGACAAAACGGUCCCCGAACUAUCCUGGGACGUCCCCUACAGCCCGUUCAAGGUGGACAUAUACCAGUUCGGGCGCGUGAUACUCAAAGAUUUGGUCGACAAUUACACUCACCUUGAGUUCUUGAGGCCCUUGAGCGAGGCGAUGACUCGCCUUUCUCCCGAAGACAGGCCGGACGUUGAUGAUGCACUCCGUAUGUUCGAGCAGUUGGUCAAUUCGAUGAAGCCCGCAGACUUGAAGCGCCGGAUCAAGCUCAAACCCGACCACACUAUCACCUAUUACACCCCGCGCAUACGUUACUGUUCUAACUCCUUUUGUGUGUGCUGAGAUACUCCAUACCGUAUGUCGACUGCGUGAAUCUUUCUACAAUGCUACGAAUUCCUCGUCCUCA